GAGACACCAACGAAGAAGAAGCCGUGGUAAAAAAAGAAAUCACCAAGUGUGUGUAUGUAUGAGUGAGUGUGAAUGAGUGAGUGUGUAGUCCUGUGAAUGAUGCUGCUGGUUUUAUCUGAAGAACAUAAAGAACAUCUGUCGUUUCUGCUAAAUGUCGACACUGCAGUUGUUGCAGAGUUUGGUCGAAUAGCAUUAGAGUUCCUGAGGAGAGGAAGCAGCCCCAAGAUCUAUGAGGGAGCAGCAAGGAAGCUGUGUGUCCCUGUGGAUCUGGUGCAGCAUGGAGUGGAAGGUUUGAUGUUCCUGAUGACGGAGAGCUCCAAACACAUGAUCUCUGAAGUGGAUUUCCUGGACUCAGUGUUAGCUUUGGGGUUUGGUGACGAGCUCAACCAGAUCCUCUUACAGCUCUACCUGCAGCACCACAGUGAGAUCCGCAGCAUCCUGAGUCAGCUGCCAUCUACUCUGCCUGCCUACCACAACCUGGAGUGGAGACUGGACGUACAGUUGGCGAGUCGCUCCAUCCGUCAGCAGGUGGCUCCCACACUGAUGAUGCGUCUGCUCCUAAAACGAGGCACAGGUGAAAUCACCAGCACCAGCAGCAGCAGCAUGGUCCUACAGACCGACCCCAGCACCCUGCUGCACCUCAUCUCCACACUGGAGGCGGCUCUGGCCGCCAUGAAGACCAGUCACUCUCGGCGCAUAUUACGCAACAUCAAAUAACCUGCAUGGGUUAUUUGCUGUUGAGUCUGUUUGCCUCCCAUCAUCUACACAAACACAACAUUCCCGCCUUUAAACCUGGAUCUGCACUGCCCGCCCCCAAAAAAAGCAUAUACUCUAGUAUUUGGCUCAUGGUGCGUUCCAGUUGUAGUCGGAAGUCGGAACUUCCUUCAACUAGGACCCCCAACCCACUAACCCUUUUUAUCUUUAACAGCGCAAAAUAUUGGCUAAAUCAAGAUUUGUUUGUGCUCAUGUUUUUAUCCAACGUUUCAUUUAGGAAUGCGGUCAACAUGGAAGAGAUGUCACUGCUAGUUCUGACUUCCUAUGUAAAUGGAAUGUACCAGUAGUAGUGCUUGUUGCACAAGCCUGUAGGGGGCAGUGUUAUGAUCUAGGGUUGUUUCAGUUUGGUCAGAUCUAGUGGUGCAUUCCAUUUGUAGUCUGAACUCAGAAUUUCCUUAAACGGGAAUGCCCCCUGAACUCGGAGCAACCACACAUACGUACCUUGAGUUUGGAUUCUUUUACGGAAGUGCUUGCUGUACUUGCCUGUAGGGGGCAGUGUUAUGAUCUGGGAUUGCUUUAGUUGGUCAGGUCUAGGUUCAGCAACACUGUGCUGAAAAAAUUAGGUCAGCCAACCUUAAAAUACUGAAGGACUUUGUUUUUCAGGCAUAUUCUAAGACGACAGUGCCAGAAUACUUUGGGGUCCAGACCUUAAUCCCGAUGAUAGUCUUUGGGAUCCGCUAUGGUCCAACUACAUCAUAAAUACAAGAUUUAUUUGUGCCUUUUUUGGGGGAGUGUAACCUUUUUACUCGACAGACUGGCAAGUGCUCAUUGUUUUGUAACCUUUGGGAGAAAAAAUGGGCCAAAUAGUAUUGAGUGUAUUGUACAUAAUGUUUCUACAGUGUUUGAAUUAAAGUGUGCGAUAGAGAGAAA